AUGCCAUCGAUAUCCUUCAUCUUCACCAGUACACCCCUAAGCAAAGGGGACAUCACCCUCGGCUCACUCAUCCCUGACGUCCGGUAUCCGCACCAAGAUGCCUUCUCGCCGCUCUCCAUCCCUCCAACAGACAUCAGCCAGGUCGAAGACAAGAAUUUCGACGGGCGACUGCGAUCAGAGAGCAGUGCUUUCUUCAGAGCGUCGCUGACACGCAUCUUCACGGCCAGCGCGUCCAGAGACAGAGGCUCCACGCUGGGAGUCACCUCCAAGCAGGCACGUAUGUACCAGCUUCUCCAGCCAGCUCGCAUUUUUGAGCAGCUGUGUGAGCUGGAUGACGUGAAGAAGUGGCUGGAGAAGCAAUAUCGUAAUAAGCGGAAGUCGGUCUUCGUGACGGGAUAUCGCACGUUGGUAGAUGCGCAGCUGGUGCAAGAGCAGCGUGCAGCCACGAAGGUGGCCGUGGAAGCUACGAUUCCCGUCGGCGCGUUGGCUGGUGUUGACCCAACUCCGGCUGGAGCAAUGGAUGUUGGUGUUGCGGCUGGACACUCGAGGCAGAAGGAUGAGUCUGGUGCGUUUGAGACGGUUGGUGAGAGGAUUUAUGCCGUUUGUUAUAGAAAAAUCGUGUUGGGCUUUGUGGGGGAUGAACAAACGGCGGAUCUGAAGCCAGGAAACAAGUGGAAGGCUUUCGGCCACACGAGAGGAAAGAAUGACGGGAUUGAGCGGCCAGUUUAUGAGGCCAGUAUUGCUGCGGAGGAUGUUCAAGGUUCAGGCGAAAGUCAGACUUUUGUCAGCGAUGAUGGUGUGGAAGAGAUCUUUGCUGAGCUGGGUGACGAGGAAAGCGACGUGGAGGACGAUGAGAUGUGA